GGGCUGCCGGCCCCGGGCUCGCUGCCCCCGGUGUUUUCCCGGCUAGAGCAGCCGUGGUAUAAAGGCGGAGAUCGCGCGGCGCGGCGCGGUGCGGUGCGGUGCGGGCAGCAGCCGCGGCGCCCGGCUGCUGGCGCGGCGGGGAAGGAGGGUCGUCACCGCUGCAGGAUAAUAAAAUACAUUUAAGAAAAAAAAUAUAAUAAAAAAUAAAUCUACCUGGUAGGGAGGUGGGGAAGGGGGUGGGAAGGAGAGGACGGGGGCAGAAAGCGGGUUCUGGGGAAAGCUGGCGGCUGGGGUACGAGAGGAGCAGCGGAUCAGGGCAGAGCGCUCGCCAGCUCGCCCUCCUGCCUUCGCGCUCCGGGGCAGAGGAGUGGGGAAGAGGAGAAAAUCAGGGAGGAAGGCAGCGAGGAGGAGGAAAGGAGGGGGGUCCUUGCGCGCUUAGGGGUAGGGGCGAGCCGCGGGCGGCAGCGUGAGAUGGCACACACAAAAACACCCCUCCACAUCACCAAGCCACGCACACACGCCCGGCCGGGGGCGGGCAGAGCCUCCGCCGCCCCCCGGGAGCUGCCGGGGGAGGCGCCUCGGUACCCCCGGCGGGAGGGGGCACGGCGGGGCGGGAGGGGCUGGCGGGAGCUGCCGGCGCGGAUGCCUUCACCUGGGUCUCUUCAUCAGUGAGCCAGGCGAGGAGGAGAGGCGGUCGGGUCUGGAGAACUACUGCUGGAUGGUUUAAAAAAAAAAAAAAAAAAAAAGAAAGAAAAAAAAAGGGAAAAAUCCCAACUCUGCAAUCCUCUGCUCCCCACAGGCUCAGCACCAUAAGGGACUGCUAUAUUUGAGGCUGUCAGGAGGAUGUGAGAGAGAGACUGAGAGUCAGGGCGAGAGAGAGACGGUGCCACAGCAGCGAUUACUGAAAAGGAGUCCUAAUACAUUGUGAUUCAGUUCAGCCCCUGAGCAACAUCAGUUUUCACACAUACGAGAACUAAUCUGUGGAUGUAACUUCUGUUUUGAAGACAACUUCUGUACAGCCAAUAGGAGAGUUGAGGCUAAGCUUUAAUGAAGAAACAUCAGCGUUGCUAACAACUGCACAAAGAGGGACUGAAGACCUUUGCGACCAAUGAUGUGGUUGUCAUGGAAACUGUUUCUGUUUCUGUCACUCACUGGCUGUCUUUCAGAAUAUUCAGAAGCUGUUCCUGGUCUCCCCACUUCAUAUGCUGCUAUCCUAAGAAUCAAAUCUGGUAGUUCAUCUUUAGCCUCAUUUAAUUCAAAGAAUAGACCACGAUUAAGCAGUCCUUCAUUAGGAAGUGUAUCUUCACCAGGCUGGAGAGGAGCUGCACAACAUUAUCACUCCCCAACGAACGUCUACCACUUUUCAGAGACCUUCAAACAUGAUGAAAGUGUUGACUAUGGGCCGGUGUUUGUACAAGAGCCAGAUGAUGUAAUUUUUCCAACUGAUUCUGAGGAAAAGAAAGUAUCUCUGAAUUGCCAAGCUCGUGGAAAUCCAAAUCCCACAUACAGGUGGCUUCGAAAUGGAACUGAAAUCGACAUUGAAAGUGAUUAUCGCUUCAGUUUAAUAGAAGGAAGUUUGAUCAUCAACAACCCCAGUGAAAUGAAGGAUUCUGGACAGUAUCAGUGUUUAACCACCAACACGUUUGGCAGUAUUUUAAGCAGAGAGGCUGUUCUUCAGUUUGCAUAUCUGGGGAAUUUUAGCGGUCGGACAAGAAGUGCUGUCUCUGUACGUGAAGGUCAAGGAGUUGUUCUGAUGUGCUCCCCUCCAUUUCAUUCACCAGAGAUCAUCUAUAGCUGGGUAUUUAAUGAAUUCCCAUCUUUUGUGGCAGAAGAUAGCAGACGUUUCAUCUCUCAGGAGACAGGCAAUCUCUACAUCUCCAAGGUGCAAACAUCCGAUGUUGGCAGCUAUAUAUGCCUGGUAAAAAACACAGUGACAAAUGCCAGAGUUUUGAGUCCUCCUACACCUCUGACACUGAGAAAUGAUGGUGUGAUGGGGGAAUAUGAACCAAAAAUUGAAGUCCAUUUUCCUUAUACAGUUACAGCUGCAAGGGGAACUACUGUUAAGAUGGAGUGUUUUGCUCUCGGCAACCCUGUUCCAACAAUCUCUUGGAGGAAAGUUAAUGGUCAUAAUCCAAGUAAAGCCCGCCUGAGAAAAUCCCAAGCUGUGCUUGAAAUACCUAAUGUGCAGCUAGAGGACGCAGGAAUGUACGAAUGUAAGGCUGAAAACUCUCGUGGAAGAAAUGUCUUCAGAGGACAACUACAAGUGUACACCUACCCACAUUGGGUGGAGAAAAUUAAUGAUACUCAGUUAGACAGUGGAGAUCAGCUCCGAUGGGAAUGUAAAGCCACUGGAAAGCCAAGACCCACAUAUCGUUGGCUGAAAAAUGGAGUUCCUGUCUGGCCACAGAGCAGGAUUGAGAUGGUUAAUGGUGUUCUGAUGAUCCACAGUGUGAAUCUCUCAGAUGCUGGAAUGUAUCAGUGCUUAGCAGAAAAUAAGUAUGGCACCAUUUACGCCAGUGCUGAGCUGAAGAUUUUAGCUUCAGCUCCCACUUUCCCACUAAAUCAAAUGAAGAAAACAAUAAUUAUUACCAAGGGCCAAGAAGUUGUCAUUGAGUGCAAGCCACAAGCCUCUCCAAAACCAACGAUCACUUGGAAGAAAGGAGACAAAGCAUUAAGGGAGAGUAAGAGGAUAACUAUUCUUCCACAUGGGAGCCUGCGAAUCCUGAAUGCUUCUAAGUCUGAUGAAGGACGGUACAUAUGCCAAGGUGUAAAUGUAUUUGGAUCUGCAGAAAUCAUUGCAUCAAUAUCUGUUAAAGAACCUACAAGAAUAGAGCUGAGUCCCAAGAAGAUAGAGUUAACGGUUGGAGAAAGUAUUGUUCUCAGUUGCAAAGCCCUUCAUGACAGCACACUAGAUGUCACUUUCUACUGGACACUCAACGGGCAGCCAAUUGACUUUGAAAAAGAAGGUGGACACUUUGAAAGCAUCAAGGCGCAAGCAUCGUCUGCAGAUUUAAUGAUCAGGAACAUCCUCCUGAUGCACGCCGGGAGAUACGGCUGCAGGGUUCAGACUGCAGCAGACACUGUGUCAGAUGAGACGGAGCUCCUUGUUAGGGGUCCUCCUGGUCCCCCAGGGGUUGUAAUAGUGGAGGAAAUUACAGACAUCACAGCAACACUCUCCUGGAGUCCUGGGGCAGACAAUCACAGCCCUAUCUCCCUCUACAACCUGCAAGCACGCAGUCCAUUUUCUCUUGGCUGGCAGACCGUAAAAACAGUUCCAGAUGUGAUAAGUGGUGACAUGGAGUCUGCUAUGGCUGUCGAACUGAACCCUUGGGUGGAGUAUGAGUUCAGAGUUGUAGCAACCAACAAAAUUGGGACUGGAGACCCAAGUGCACCAUCACGAGUGAUCAGAACCAAUGAAGCAGUUCCAAAGACACCUCCAGCUAAUGUAAGUGGCAGAAGUGGAAGGCGACAUGAAUUAGUAAUAGCAUGGGAGCCAGUGUCAGAAGAAUUUCAGAAUGGAGAAGGAUUUGGAUAUAUUGUAGCUUUCAGACCCAAUGGAACACGUGGCUGGAAGGAGAAAAUGGUGACAUCUUCAGAUGCCUCGAAGUUCAUCUACAGAGAUGAAAGUGUGCCACCUCUGACUCCAUUUGAGGUGAAAGUUGGUGUUUACAACAACAAAGGAGAUGGUCCCUUCAGCCCUAUUGUGGUAAUCUGCUCAGCGGAAGGAGAACCCACUGCUGCUCCAAUCGAUGUCAAAGCUACGAGUUUGUCUGUAUCAGAGAUUCUUGUUGCGUGGAAACAUAUUAAAGAAAGUCUAGGAAGACCACAGGGAUUUGAGGUUGGUUACUGGAAGGACAUGGAGCAGGAAGAAGCAGCAGAAAAGGUCAAAACUGAGGGAAAUGAGUCAUCCAUCCUUCUGACAGGAUUAGAAGGAAACACAUUAUAUCACCUAACAGUGAGGGCAUACAACGCUGCAGGGUAUGGACCACCUAGCACUGCUGUACAUGCAGCAACCAAGAAGUCCCCUCCCAGCCAAGCACCAAGCAAUAUUAUAUGGAUACAGGAUGGCUCUCAUGUGUCUCUUGGGUGGGAGCCAGUGAGACCUCUAGCUAAUGAAUCUGAUGUAAUGGGAUACAAGGUAUUAUUUAGGCAAGAAGGCCAAAGCAACAGUCACGUUAUAGAAACACAGAAAACCUCUGCCGUGGUACUUCUUCCUGAUGUUGGUGUCUACAUCAUUGAGGUCUGUGCAGUCAGUGAAGGAGGGGAUGGGACUGCAAGUCCCCAGAUCAGAGUUCCAUCUUUUUCAGGAGGAAAAGUAACAAGUGCUCAAUCCACCUUACACGCAUUGUCCACUUCCUCGUCCUCUGUAACAUUGCUUUUGGCACUGAUGGUUCCUUCAACCUCAUGGUGAAGACUGCAGACUUUCUUGUUGUUGUAGUUUGUUUGUUUUAGCUUGAUGACACCAAGGAUGAAGUUUUAUGUCCAUGGAGAAACUGGAAACCCAAGCUAAUGCUUAAAGACCCAUAGAAGUGCCUGUGGUGCACUUAGAGGAGUGUUGGAGACAUGGUCAAUAAUUCAUCAGGUUUUUUUCUCUUCAUUUUUUGUAAAAGUCCUCUGGGGAGGGGACACUUCUUUGCCCAAAAAUAUGCAGAUUGUAUGUAAUAAACUUUUGUAAGGAAAUGUAAUUUCUGUCAAAUGUACUUUACUUUUUUAAUAUGUUUGAUUUUGGUGACCCCAGUCAUGUAUCAUUAGGUGUUUAAAGAGUGGUGUCCAGUACAGUACAUCUGUUUGGUUUGGAAAAAAUGCUCUUUUAAAUACAGAACAAAGUUUGAUUCAGCUUUGUCAAAUACUUUUCUUGCAUCCACUAUGGCUGGCUGUUCCGACUGACAAGAGAGAAAAACGUAGUUUAGGUACACAUCCCACUGCAAAAGUAUAGAGAAUUUGUUCUGAAAAUGUAUAAAUAUGUAUUUAACUAGCAAAAAGAAUUGUCAGUACAAUAUUAGACAGUACACUCAAAAAGUGGCAAAAGGGAGCAGAAAAGAAGCCAUUUAUUUUAUUGCAAGGUAAACAGAUAAUUAUUAAACACUAACUUAAAAGGAAACAAGUUUGUUUUUCAUCAAAUACCAAUGAUUUAAUGUCAUAUGAAUCAAGUAUUUGUUUUCAAUAGCAAAUAAAAGAUCAAUUCCUCAUGCAUAUGACAAUGAAAAUUCCACUGGGCAUUUAAACAUGAUAUACAUUAGACUGCUAAGUGGACAAAAAAAGCAAUGCAAGGAGACAAACCUACUUUUUCCAACCACUUCUCAGCUGUAACUUCUUUUUUUCCUCUGGGUCCAUUUUUUUAGUAAUAUACUGUGCUUUAUAUAUUUGGUAAUCAAGUUGAAGUAUAUAUGAAAGCAUAUUAUGGAGAGAAUAUUAACAUUUUUUGGAAUGUAGUCAUUCACAUAUAUACAGGCUCCAGUAGGGUAUACUUUGGAGAAUGUUGUGUCUGAAAAAAAAUACUUGGAUAAGUGCUACUGAGCAUCAUUCCAGUUAUUUAGCUAAUUGGCUCUAUUUCUAUAGCUCACUAGAGAUUAUUCUUGUAGAGACUGUGUGCUAUCAGUUUUAAUCCCCACUUUUUGCUGUACCAAACAAUUUUUCACUCAGUAGACAAUUGAGACAAUUUUUCUACAUUGGAAGGAUUUCUGCAUAUUGGCACCUGAAUCAAAAUGAUCCCCAGUGUAUAUUGCGUGUCUGUUUGUACAGUUAUGGUGUGCAUGGCGUUAUGAGGGAGGGUGUUUUCUACCUUGUGUCUAGGGAUUGCACCUAGGAUGAACAUUCCCUUGCCUGGGAAAAAUCAAGUUGAAAUUGUUUGAGAGGCAGGUCCUAAUAGCAUAGUUCUUCUAGCUGUCCAUCCCUGUUAAAGUUUUGAUGCAAAUCUAUUUUGAUUGAUGGGUUCUGGGUCUAAAAUGCUACUAUUUUGCCAGCUCACUAGCAAAAUAAUACUUGGCAUUUAGCUAGCACACUCUAACUGUGUCCUUUCUUAGCAGCUUUAAAAUAGUAGCCAAGAAAGCAUAACACAGGUCAAGCGCUUGGUAGGUAAAAAGCUGACUGAUGACUAAAUUUUUUUUUAAUUUUGAAUAUUUUAUCAGUAAAACUUUUCAGAGGUGGUUCAACUCAAAUCUUUAUUACCCAUUAAUUUUUUAAAAUAAUUUUCUAAGAAAUAGGUUUCAAAUCUACUUAGUCACCAUGUUGCUAGGAAAACAAAGGCAGGAUAGCUAUCCGAGCAUAGACUGUAGAUACAGACAGAAGGAGGCCUUCUAUACUUUGCUUCUGGAAAAGCCUUUGAGAUCAAAAAGGAAGGUGGAAUGUACCUUGCUGAUAGAGCAAACUCAUAGACAAUAACUCCAUGCUGUCAUUUGUAAAACAGCAGCAUUGCUACUGUGCAGAGAACUCACAUUAGCAAACCAUAGUUUUUCAAAAGGUUAAAAAAAGAAUAAAGUGAUCAACCAAAAAGCUAUUUUAUAAAUUAGUUAAGCAUAAUUUCCUCUAUUUUUUAUACAGUUGCUUGCCAAUGCAGUUUAUUUCAGAGUAUUCAAAAAGGCUACUGUCACUGCUGGUGGCAUUUUUGUCAAACGACUUUCUGAAUACAAUAAAUGGUUAUGCUUUAUAAGAAGAAUGAAAGUCUGAUGAGGAGAUAGAGCUGCAUCUAGUUAUAUCUCAAUUUCUAGUGUCACGAUACAGAUAGAAAUACUGAACAUACCAUCAGGUAAUGUAGUUGUAUUGCAGGGACAAAAAGGGGUAUGUUUUAUAUUCAACAUGGACAGAAUAUGUAUUUUGCAUCUUAAAUAUAUUAAUAAAUAUGUUUUAAAUGUUUAAGUACCUAUGUAUUACCUAUUUGUUACUUUGUAGAAGAUGUUUCCUUAUCAUGACAUAUUAUUUUUUGUUGCAAUGGAGAACUCUUUCCUUUUUCAUGUAAAAGAUUGUAAUAGUGCAGUCUGGCAUCACUGAGGAGACUGUAUUUUUGUAUAAUGCCACAAGACCUGUUUAGAAAAAAAGAAUUAGAAAGAAACUUUGUUUUGCAGACAAAAAGAAAGAUACUGUCGUGGCCCAUAUCAAAAUGUUAGAUAUAUUGUAUACAAUCUGUAUAUAUGCUAUAUAUAAUGGUAUAUAUGAUGUGGAAGACACAGUAAUAUAAUAGUUCCUGUGUACUGUUCUUUAACAUUAGAUCUUUUUAAUA